UUGUCCUUCUGUAUCCAGUCCUGUUAGCCAUCACGAGCAAUAUACCACAAUGUCAACGAUUGCUCAGGCUCCAGCAAAGCAACAUUGGCAAUACUUUUUGACUGGUCUCGAGCAGGCCUCUAACUGGCCUAAAACUUUUAUUUUAUUCUACUCGUAAAGUAUUACAUUUCUAUCAAGAGAAUUCGCUAUGUAAAGGAGUGUUUUUUUGUCUAAUUGUCUCCCAUACGAUCAGCUCGUCAAGCAUUCAAAAAGCUAUGCUGACUACCUUCUUUUUGAAUGGUGUCUUCUUUUUGGGUGGCCAAAUCUUUAUAGAAACAUUCUAUCCAAAUCAUAAAUUCUUGGGAGUAUCUUAUCUAGCGCUAUUGGGUAUUCCCACUCACUUCAUUUUGUUGACUAUUAACGGCAAAUUUUACAGUAAAGUGGCGGAAAAAGCAUAUCAGAUCCAGGCACAGUCAGUGAAAUCCAAUCCUACAGCAGGCCCAGCAGCAGCGGCAUCAACAGCAACUGUCUCUAGCUUUGCAUCCACUAUUUUGACCAUCAUCCUUUAUAUCAGUCUUGGAGUUUCAGCAAAUUUGUUGGCGCAAGUACCUCGAUUUGGAUUACUCCUCUCCUUUUUAAUGAAUUGCUUUGUCAUGUCAUACUAUUGCUUCGAGUAUCAAUGGAUAUAUAAGAAUUGGAAUAUUGAAAAGCGUUUAUCUUAUAUGGAAUCACAUUGGGCUUACUUUCUGGGAUUUGGCUUACCAGGCACAGUCAUUACUUUCUUCCUCUCUUUUCUCCGUUCUAGUGCUGUAUUUGCUCUCAUUUAUCCUAGUUUCAUCAUUAUGUCUAUGCUGGCAGCACCGGUUGCACCGACUCCAUAUAAUCAAUCUACUCCUUCAGGUGCUAAGAAUCUACAACAAAAGGAAUGGAAAAUACCCAAUAAGAUCGCUAUUUUUUACCCAACUAGAAAAUUGAUCGAUCUUGUGAUUAUUUUUGUUCGAUUGGUAGGAGGUAUCCAUGCAGACUCUAUCAUUUCUGAAAAACGCAAAGCUAGCAUCAAACAAGAAUGAAAAUCAAUAUUAAUUGAGGGAUUUCUCGCUUAUAAGUAUUAAAAGAUUCAGAAUCAUAAAAUGUCAUAAUAAAGCGUGAAAACUGUCUAGGUAAUUUCUUUAAUUGGAAACCUCCCUAAAGCUCUUGAGGCAAAUUAUCUUUGUGUUGAACGCUCAAACUGAGGAUAAUACUACACAGAGUUUACCAAUCUCAUAAGAUUGACUAGAUGAAGCAAUAUAAAGUACUUUGUUGAGAGAACAUAAUUUCAUCAAUGUCUAGAUUUGUGUGCCUGAAGGUUAAACUAGGUUCCUGAAGUUG